CGAAAAUAGGAUGAACAAGUAAGUGCAGGCGUUAACUUUAAGUGUACCCUUAUCAUGUUGAUGUGCAUAGUUGUUGAUGUGCAUAGUUUCCCAAGUAGAUGACGAGAUGCAAGAAUAUAGAGUUAGAGAUUAUAGAAAAAUCUAAAUCACACCAAGAAGGAUACUCGCACAUGAUCAUUAGGUUGUUCGUCAGUAUUUUUAUUCUCCAAUUUUUGUUGUGGUUGCUAGCUCAGUGUCAAUUUUGUUAGUUCCUCAGUUUAUUCCGUAAAUUCCCGAUAUUCGUAUUCGUUGAACAAUACCGAUUGUUCCGCAGAUUCCGUAGAAAAAAUCUAGAGAACAUCUCAGAUUGUUCUUCACUGUCUUAUUUCAGCUCCAGUUUUUCUUUUCGUAAACCAACCAAAAGCAUAUAUGUCAUAACCAAGUGUGUGUGAGCAUGUUGUCAUGAGGAUUUGGCAGUCAUUCUACUUGCAGAUACGAAGCAUGAACGUGAUGGAGAAUGCCG